GUAAAUAAUGAGGUUUCAGGGGUUGUUUCUGAAAAUCUGUAACUUGACACUUUCAGCAAUAAUCAAGAAAAUAGGAAUGUGAAGUUUGAUCUUUGAGAUUGGAGCUGUGGAUGCAAAGAUUUCUAGUGUCACAAAAGGAUGAAGGAAAAUGUUCGCCUCUAGAAGUAAUAAAAUUAGAAGGUGCAGAAGUUGGCAUUGAUAGCAGUUUGGGAAAACCAUUUGUGUUUAACUGUGUGCCUCAGUCUGGAAAUAGAACGUUUUGCCUCUGUGCAACCUCAAACCAAGAAAUGAAAAGGUGGCUGGAGGCAAUGGACAAAGCAAUCCAUCCCGUCCGCCAGAACCAUGUCUGGGAAGACGUUACCCUGCACAACAGUAACCUCCCACCCCUGGCUAUCAAGAACCCAGAGUGCCUAGGCCUUUUGCACCAACUGGACAGAAAUACAGACAUGUGGGUCCAGCACUACUGCAUUCUGAAGGAUGGCUGCUUGUACUUCUAUGCUAGCAUUCGCUCCACCCAGGCCUCAGGUGGUCUAUAUCUGCAAGGAUACAGGGUGAACGAGCAGAUCCUUAGCUUCAAGCAGUCAGUAAUUGAACUCAAACCUCCAUCUGAAGAGUUCAAGACUUUCUAUUUCUGUGCAGAAAAUAAUACAGAAAACCAACGCUGGAUUACAGCGCUGAAAGCAUCUAUCAAAAAGUGGCUUCCUUUGCAUCAGGCUAUUCAAGACUUCAUGAAUCGACCUCUAGAGGAGACCAGAAUGUAAAAGAAACCCUAAUCUUAAGAGAAAGGACCCACAAAAUCACUACCAGCCUGUUGUGGGAAGAAACAAAAACAUUUUUUAUUACAUAGCAUUCAACUGAAUGUUCCUCCAAAACAUUAAAAUUUUGUGAUAAUAUUAUCACUUUGUUUUUGAACCAAAGCACCAACAUCUAAUGUGACAUUCAGAAAAUAGAAUAUCUAUCAACAUCAUUAAUAUCUCACGUUUCUGCCCCUCAGGCUGCUCGUGUUAGCAUCAAAAAAUAGUAUGUUCCAUACCCAUGUCUUUUGAAAGCAUAAAUUCAAUAAAAGUUAAUUUCUUUUUUGUA